AUGAAAAUAGACCUGAGCAAAGACUAUGACAUGCUGGAUUGGAAUUUUUUGGAGGACAUUCUCACAGCGUUUUGCUUUCCAAAUAAGUUCAUCAAGUGGAUUAUGGCUUGUUUGAAGGACCCCACUUAUUUGAUCCUAAUGAAUGGUAGGAUUCAAGGGGAAUUUAGAGGUAAAAAAGGUCUAAGGCAAGGGGACCCAAUCUCUCCAUUGUUAUUUGUACUAGCUAUGGAAUAUUGUACUUGGCUGUUAUGUCAAGCCUCAAUGGAAAAGGGUUUCAGAUUCCAUCCUAAAUGCAAACCUCUAAAGAUUGUUAAUCUUUGUUUUGCCGAUGAUUUGUUCAUAUUUUGCAAGGGUGUCUCAAGCUCAGUUCAGUUAAUGGGGGACGGUUUCACUGAAUUCUGCUUGGCAUCUGGUUUGUCUGCUAAUAUGGAGAAAUCUCAGGUCUACUUUGGGGGUUUGGCAGAAAGAGAGACUCAUCAACUACUAGAUAGGCUCCGUUUCUCAUAA